AUGCAGCAGACGGUUGCCCAGGCCAUGAUGGGCCGCUUGGCCAAGGAGAUGCGGAACUAUGCCAAGAUGCACAACCAAAGGAAGAUGCCCAAGUUGACUCAGAUGGACAUCGAUGGCAUCGUGGCUGGUGGAAAGGAGCCAGCUGCUCAGUGA